AUGUCAACCUUUGGUCAAUACUUCCGCGUCACCACAUAUGGCGAGUCGCAUGGCCGUUCAGUCGGAUGUAUCGUCGACGGGGUCCCGCCUGGCCUUGAGCUCAGCGAAGAUGACAUCCAGCCGCAGAUGACUCGCCGUCGUCCUGGACAGUCGGCCCUCACCACUCCCCGCGACGAGAAGGAUCGGGUGGAGAUCCAGUCCGGCACCGAACAUGGCAUCACUCUGGGCUCACCCAUUGCAAUGCGUGUGAUGAACCAGGACCAGCGACCAAAAGACUAUGGCAGCUCGACAAUGGACAUGUACCCAAGACCCUCGCACGCCGAUUGGACGUAUUUGGAGAAGUACGGCGUCAAGUCAAGCAGUGGCGGUGGGCGUAGUUCCGCCCGGGAGACAAUCGGACGGGUUGCCAGUGGGGCCAUUGCUGAGAAAUACCUCCGCGUCGCACAUGGGGUGGAGAUUGUCGCCUUUACCAAUUCCGUAGGCCCUGAGCAUCUCUUCCCUGCAACACGAGAGCACCCCUCGGCAGCGCAGAAUCCAGCAUUCCUCGAAUUGAUCGAUAAAAUCACCCGGGAGGAAGUCGAUGCCAACCUACCCAUUCGAUGCCCUGGCAAGGAGGCCGGAAAGAAGAUGGAGAGUUUGAUUGAGGAGUACAGAGACAAGCAUGAUUCCAUCGGUGGCACAGUGACUUGUGUCAUCAGAAAUUGUCCGAGUGGGUUGGGAGAGCCGUGUUUUGACAAGUUGGAAGCAACGCUCGCACAUGCAAUGCUCAGCAUACCCGCAACCAAGGGAUUCGAAAUUGGAAGUGGAUUUGGAGGAUGUGAAGUGCCGGGAUCCAUUCACAACGACCCGUUCAUCAAAGCACCCAGCGAAGCAAAUGUUGCACAGGGAGAGAAAAAGUUCCCACCCAGACCGCGAUUGACCACCAAGACGAACAACUCUGGCGGCAUUCAAGGAGGCAUCUCAAAUGGUGCACACGUCUACUUCACGGUGGCGUUCAAGCCUCCAGCCACAAUUGGCCAGGCUCAGGSUACCGUCACCUACGACGAGUCCGAGGGUGUCUUGGAGGCAAAAGGCAGGCACGAUCCUUGUGUCAUCCCGCGUGCGGUCCCGAUCGUGGAGAGCAUGGCCGCUCUGGUCAUUAUGGAUGCUUUGAUGGCACAGUCCGCGAGACAGAGCGCCAGGUCAUUGCUGCCGGUACUCGAUGGGACCGUGCCGGUGUCUAUGACGGCGAAUAACUUGACCAGUGGAGGUGGAAAGUGA